ACUGCGAAAUGAUCAAGUGAAAGUAACAAUUAUACAUUUACGAUUCAAAGGUGGGAUUCCAACCACUUUUGAUUCAAAGCGAAAAAACAGUCGUUGCAGUUUCUUUCAAGUGGUUCUGUUACGAACACGUUUCCAGAAUUCAGUUAAGGAAAGGUAAAGGAUCAAAAUUAAAAGAGAAAGAGAUGGCUAGUGGAAAACAGUUAGCAAUUUUACUGUUGACUAUUGUCGCCUCGUUAACGUUUGUUGAGGGAUUUCCGGAUGGAGCACCAGUAGACGCCUGUGUGAAGCCACGGCCCAAUCAGCCUUAUCAUGGUCAAGCUAAACCACAACCUUUGGCAACCAACCCUUAUGCUAUUAUUGCUUCUGCCGAACAAUUUCAACCCGGUGCCCAAAUAACGGUGAAAAUUGUUGGCGAUACUUUUAAGGGAUUUUUCUUGCAAGCACGUGAUGUCAAUACAAACGAAUGGAUUGGCAAUUGGGGAAAAACAGAAAACACUGUGCCACAUUCUGAAUGCAGUGCUAUAACCCAUGCUGAUCCACGUGACAAGCAGCAAGCCACACUUACAUGGAACGCACCCUUAAAUGCAAGAGGUCACGUUUACUUCACUGGCAGCGUCUUAAAAGAUUAUGCAACUUUCUGGGCUGAUAUAACUUCUCGAGUUGGAAAAUAAAUUUAAUUCUUUCAAAAGAAAUUUGAAUUUUUCAACAUUUGGAGAAGAGGAAUGAUUAAUUUUUUUUUUUUAUAUAAGCGUUAUCGACUUUAAGAAAAUAGAUGUGCUUACCUCGAAGGACAAUAACCUCGUCUCGUCGUGUAAUUCACAAGAAUUAUUAUUAUAGAGGACGUAAGAUUUCGGUCAAGGUCCAACAUCAAGGAAGCAAUUUACAGAUUGUGUUAUCAGUUGUGCUACAGAAUGUGUAUAUUAGUAUGAAAAAUCUAUGCUUAAAUAUAUAUAUAUAUAUAUAUAUAUAUAUAUAUAUAUAUAUAUAUAUAAUUUCAUUAUUGUUGACUCAUUGCAAUCAAAUAUAUGUCUUAAAUCAGAAAA